AAUAAAAUUAAUUUUAUCUUAUCACUAUCGAUGUGUAGGUCCCGAGGUGUAACUCAAUAGUAACAAAUUCCUAUGACAAUGUCUUUGAUCCAGUAUGUUCUGGUAGUUAUGAUAAGUAUAAUAGUGUCCAUUCAUGCCCAGAAAUUAGCCAAACAAAAAAUUCAAUCCUAUGCGUCAUGUAGAACUGACAAAGACUGCAAAGAGAAAGCAUUCUGUUUUGGUAACGACGAUGAUACAGAUGGAAAGUGUAAAUGUCAGAAAGGAUAUGAAUUAAUUAGAAAUACUACAUUUUAUGAAUGCUUGCCAGCAAUGAAGAUAGGAGACCCCUGUGGGAAAGAUAUACAAUGCCAAGUUACUGCCGGAGACUUGGCCUUUUGCGAUAAAUAUAAAAUAUGUUCUUGUAAUGAUGAAUCCCAUGCAUAUGAAGGAAGGUGUGAGUACAAAGCUAAGAUUGGUGAAAUAUGCAUGGGAGAUGGGAACUGCUACCUAGAAAAUGGUACACCAGGGGGAGGUCUAGGUUUCUGUACAGAUGGCCGUUGUAAAUGUGGUCUAAAUCAAAAACAUUCAGCAGACAGAACUAAAUGUCUCAACAGUAGAAAACUUGGUGAACCUUGCGUUGCCGACGAAGAAUGUACUGCUACAACUCCUAAUACUAAAUGUUCUGAAAAGUGUAUAUGUGAUCCAGCAUACACAGAGGCAAGAAAUGCAUCUACUUGUGUUAAAGCUGCCACACAGUUUGAUGAACCGUGCGACUCUGAUGGACAAUGUUCAAAAUAUUUAAAAGAAAGUAUUUGCAAUGGUAACAAAUGUGGAUGUGAAACCGGUUUUCAUGGUUAUACGCUGAAAUGUGUAAAGACGAAAAAACCAGGACAACCAUGCGAAGAAGAUGCAGAAUGUUUGUAUGAAAAGAAAUUAUAUGAAAAUGUUAAAUGUCAGGAUAAGAUGUGCAAAUGUUUGUAUGGAAAUGAUGGUGAUGGUUCUUGUAAAAUUGAGAAAACUGAUAAUAGCUCUGCCUCUCAGCUUACGUAUGGUGUAGUUUAUUUCGAAAUUUUAUUUAUUUUAGUACGACUAGUAUUGAGAGAAUACUUUUAAAAUAAAUUUUGUGUACUCUA